AUGGAUUUGGAAGUAGACGAAAACAAUCGGUUCAAACAUCUGUUUCUUGCUCUUGCGGCUUCCAUCUCACCUUUCUACUUUUCGCUUCGACCAGUGAUUGUGGUCGACGACACACACUUGAAGGGGAAGAACAAUGGUAUUUUGUUCGUCGCCGUGACAAAAGACGGAAAUGAGCAAGUUUUUCCGUUGGCAUUUGGUGUCGGGCCGAUCGAGAAUGAUGAGUCAUGGAAGUGGUUCUUGUCAAAUAACAAAAUUAAGGGCUACGGGCAAGCUGUUGUUGAGCUUUUCCGCCAGGCUGCAUACGCCUACGUGGACUCAAAAUUUUCACGUGCAAUGUCGGCUAUGGCUCAAUUGAAGCCGGCGGCGUACGGGAAGUUGAUGCGCGUAGGCCUAAGAACCGAGGCUUUGAAUGCCCGUUUGUUGUGGGCCAGACGCCUUUCUAUAUGCUCCAUGCUGGAGGCAAUCAGGAUGGUUCUGGAGCAGUGGUUCAAUGACAGACUUGCGUCUGCGGAAGAGAGCGAGGAUCUUCUUACUCCAGAGGCAACACAGAAGAUAAGUGCGGAGAUCUCAAAGAGUCGUCGUUACACUGCGAAGAGGACCUCCGAGAGAAAAUACAGGGUUCGUGCUGGUGAUCGUCGCUUCAUGGUUGACCUUCAAGCGAAGAGCUAUGAAUGCAAUGAAUUCGAACUGGACGGCAUGUCGUGUUCUCAUGCGAUCGCAGCCAUUACUGAGGCGAACGAGCCAGUGGAAGAUUACGUGGAAGCUUACUACAAGCGGAGUUCACUGGUUCAAACAUACUCCGGUUCAGUAAAUCACUUGCCUCCCUUAGAGCAUUGGGAAAUUCCGUUUGAAAUUGCAACUGAUAUUGUUUUGCCAAACCUUUCUCGGCGACAAGCUGGUCGACCAAGAGAAUCUAGAAUUCCUUCAGCUGGUGAGAGGCCGACUCAGAGGACUACUACAAGCGGAUGCAUCAACUAG